AUGAAUCAUAUCAAUAAUAAUUUUGGUAGUAUAAAUAAUCGUGAAAAUAAUAUUGAACAUUCAAAAAAAUCAUCCGGUCAUAUUCAAUUUGACGAACAUGAAGGGAGAUACGGCGGCUUAGGAAUGGGAGAAGAAACCCCAUUGUUAAAAAAACCAAGACCAAGUUCCGUACCACUGCCCUUUGAUAAUUCUCUACGGAAAAAGCAACCACUGUAUUUUCAACAGAAACAACAACACUUACAGAGACAUUCUUUAUCAAAUAGUUACACUGGUUUAAGAAAUCUACAAGAUUAUGUUGUAAGUAUGAAUAAUUUGGACUCAAAUGAGACAAAUUCCUACGAUGAAACCGACUCGGACAACGGUACCGCUAAUGCAUCUUCCAGUGCCACAACACUACAGCAACAAAAUGAUGCAUGUUUCCCUAUGGCCGAAUCUGCUGGAUUUAAACGACCUACAGGGAUUGAUUACGAAGCUCUCGAGAACUAUGUGAAGGUGGAGAAUGAAAAACGUCGAAAUCAACAAAGACGUCGACAAAGAAGAUUGAGCGAGCCGGCGUCCGCAUUUGUUAGAAAGAAAAGUAAUAAUCAUUGUCCCAAUUUGGAAAUUAAUAAGCAUAACUCAGAAAUACUAUACAGACUUACGUUUUAUUCUGCAAUACAUAGUACAGUACAUGCACGUACAUUGGCAGAAAUACCAUCAGCAGAUUCAUCAUUAUCAGAAAUGUUGAAAGAUGGAUGUUGGUGGAUUGAUGUAUUAUCACCUACAGAUGAAGAAAUGAAAGAAUUUGGUAAGAUAUUCGGUAUUCAUCCUUUGACUAUUGAAGAUAUAGAGACAGAAGAGACACGCGAAAAAUGUGAAAUAUUUAAAGAUUAUUAUUUCAUUUGUUUUCGAUCCUUUGAUCAAGAUCAUUAUUCUUCAACCUAUUUACAACCUGUGAUUAUUUAUAUUAUCGUAAUGAAAGAAGGAGUUUUAUCGUUUCACUUUCAUCCAACACCACAUCCAGCAAAUGUUAGACGUAGAAUAAGACAAUUAAAAGAUUAUAUAACUGUCACACCUGAUUCAUUUGCACCACUUAUUCAAAAGAUUGAAAUUGAAGUGGAUUCUAUUGAUGAAUUAGUGUUGAUGCUCAAGGAAUGUGAACAAACUGAUAUGUUACGUAGGAUAGGACAUUGCCGUAAAAGAGUGUUGGGAUUAUUGAGAUUGUUAGGAAGUAAAGCAGAUGUUAUGAAAGCAUUAAUAAAAAGAUGUUAUGAAUUGAGAUGGGAUGUGUUUAUUAGUAAUGAAAUUUUAUUAUACCUAGGAGAUAUUCAAGAUCAUGUCAUUACAAUGGUCCAGAAUUUGAAUCAUUAUGAAAAAAUACUUUCUAGAUCACAUUCGAAUUAUUUGGCACAAAUUUCAAUUGAAAUGACUGAAGCCAAUAAUCAAAUCAAUGAUGUUUUAUCUAGACUUACAGCAUUAGGAACCAUUUUAAUUCCGAUGAAUCUUGUGACUGGUUUAUGGGGGAUGAAUGUUCCGGUCCCAGGACAAGAAAGUGAAGGCUUGACAUGGUUUAUUUCUAUAUUAGCAGGAAUAAUUGUGUUUGCUAUAUCAGGUGUUAUAAUGGCUCAUAGAACUGGAAUUUGUGAAUAG